GAGAAACAAAGAAAGAAAAGAAGGAAAGGAAAGGGAAGGACUUGAGUGGGAAAAGCUCAGAGAAAGAAUAAGCUAAUAGAAGGAAGAGAAGAAGAUGAUGAUGAAGUGAAAGAGAGAGAGAAAGUAAAGAAAGAAAGAAAAAGGAACAUAGAAACACACACAGUGAGUGAGUUAGUGAGAAAAAGUCGUUAUUGCAUUUUCUCAUUCAUUCACUGCUCUCACUCUGCACACUCCAGAAAACUGAGUCCCCUCUCUCUCACUCACAAACCAAAACUUUUUCUUCCUCUGGUAAAAAGCCAAAGUGACAGUAAUACUAGUAGCAGCCAGCAGCAGAGAAACAUCAGAACAAGAAGCAGAGAAACAUCAGAACAAGAAGCAGAGAAAACAAACUUGUUCCUCUUCUUCACACACACACACACCCCACUUGCUACCAACACAAGAUCACAAUCAAACCACAUCUAAAACUUUCCAUCUUUUUCUUUAUUUCUUCCAAAAAAUUAAAUUAAAUUGUUCUUUCUCUGAUACACUUGCAGCAGCAGAGUGAGAGAGAGAGAGUAAGACCCCACAAUCACACAAAUAACACCCACAUUAGAUACUCUCACAGACACCAUAUAUAGUUACACAUAACUAAUUUUCCUUCCAACUUCUCAGAAGAUCUAUAUAUAAAUCUUCCACCUCCUUUAUUCAUCACCAUCAUAACAAAAAAUCAAAGACAUAAUUUGUUAUUUAUUUAUUUUUAUUUUUGAGAUAUUAUCAAACACUUUCAGUUGUGGCUACUACAAGGAGGUUGCAGCCUUCAGAUUCUGGCGCUUUUGCAGACUGGGCAGCAGCAACCGCUUCCUCCGCCGCCGCCGCCCGAGCUGACGACCUCUCGCUCGGUUUCAAUGCAGUCCCUGCCGCCGCCACCACCGGACCCUCCGCCGGAAUCUGGCCCGGCACUUCCAGGUCACCAUCUCUCAACUACGCCGGCGUUGCGCCGCCGGAGAUGGGCAUGUUCGUGGUGGCGCCUGCUUCCUCUUUCCACCACCACCACCAUCUUCAACAACAUCAUCACCACAUCCACGACAACAACAACAGCAACAACCCCAUCAUCUCCGAUCCUCAUUCUCUCAACCCUGCUACCGCGCUUGGUGUCGGUGUUAUCCCUCUUCUCACCGCCAUCGACAACGACAACGCAACCACCAACAUGCUGAGUAGAAGAAACCAAGGAAUUCAGUUCUGGCAGGAGCAACAAACCCAUCACCAUCAUCAAGGGCACUACAUGAAGAAUAAGCAAGGUAAUUUGCUCGAACACAAUGUUAGUUCCGGGAAUUUGGUUCAUCUUGGUGGUGGUGGUGAUGCCACCACCACCGGCGGGACCACCACGUGCCAGGACUGUGGGAACCAGGCGAAGAAGGAUUGUACUAACAGACGGUGCAGGACUUGUUGUAAGAGUCGAGGUUUUGAUUGCCCUACUCAUGUGAAGAGCACUUGGGUCCCUGCUGCAAGGAGGAGGGAACGGCAGCUCAUGACGGCGCCGGGGGCGGCGGCAGCGGUUGCAGGGUCUAGUGGUUCCACUUCCGGUACCAAGAAACCUAGGCUUGUUGGUUCGCAGACUAAUACUACUGCUUCUCACACUUCUACUUCUAACACCACUCCUCCUAGGAGCUUUGAAACUAGCUCUAGCCACCAAGAUGCGAGUUUCAAAGAGACAAUGCCUGGUCAAGUGCGUGCACCGGCGGUGUUCAAGUGUGUUCGGGUGACGGCGGUGGAGGAUGGGAAGGAUGAGUAUGCAUAUCAGGCUGUGGUGAAGAUUGGUGGCCAUGUGUUCAAAGGGUUUCUCUAUGAUCAAGGGCUUGAGAAUAGGGAUGUGUAUUCGAAUUUUUCUGAGCUGCAUUUGGGUGGUGGGAGUGGCGGUGUUGGUGGUACUGUUGGUGGUGGAGGGAGAAAUGGGGCCUCAUCUUCUUCACCAAUGAUGGAUCCUUCAGAUGUUUAUGCAGCUUCAGGUGGGGGACUACUAGGAGGUUCCUCCUAUGGUAAUCCAAUAAAUUGAAAUUGAGUGUUUGGUUUUCCAAACAAAAAAAGCAAAUAUAUUGCUACGCUAACUUCAACGAUGAUCAGUGUUGAGUUCAACAGAAAUCAAACAUACUCUGAAUUUUCUUUCUGAGUACAAGAUGUUAAUAGAUGGGGCUUCGAGAGGCUGACGUUGUAGUCCUUUGCUGAUAUUGAAAGAGGUGGGAGGAUUAAUUUUUCUACUAGGCUUUGUAUCUUUAUUGCAUGUCACUCUUUUUCCUGCAUUUUCCAACUUGAUUUUAGUUCUAUUCUUUA